UUAAGCGACGCGGUUCAACAGGUGGUGCGCGAGACCGCGGGUCGUCGUCGCCAUGGCGGGCAUGCUGUUUGUCGUGUGCGUGCCCACGGCCGAGAAGGAGUACGAGCUGGUGCACGGGCUGCCGCCCCCCGGCGGCCGGGGCCCGCUCAUCAACCUGGACGGGCCGGGCCUGGCCCGGACGGACCCCGUCCAGAUCCGCGGCCGCAAGGUCAACCCCGAGACGGUGCCCAUGGAGCGGGUGCUGGAGGGUUUGCUGAAGAAGCUGGAGAUAGAGCACGUGGUGUGGUGCGCCGAUAAAAACAGCCUCUAUUACCAGGUUUUCUUCCCCGUCCCAUCCGGCGACGCCACCGAAAAUUGUCUCCAUUCUCUGACGGAGUUGAAAAUAGGCAAGAAACACAACUCUGCCGUAAGCGUGGUGCCAUGCAACGUGUUCAUGCAAGGGUUCGAGACUGAGGAGGAGGAGGAGGAGGUGGACCCGUCCGACAAGAAGGCAUGGGACAGCUUCGUGGACUCGGUGCGCGCCAAGCUGACCGUCAAGCAGGUGGUGGACGGCGUUCGCGGCGGAGCCACCCUGACCUUCGACUACGUCACCCUCAUCCUCACGGCCGACAUGGUUGCCGUCAUCGGCCUGAUGGAGAGCAGCGCCGUGAACAUCGUGGCCGCCAUGCUCAUCUCUCCGCUCAUGGGUCCCGUCAUGGCGCUGACGUUCGGCACGGCCAUCGCGGACCGCAGCCUGCAGUGGGUCGGCGUCAAGGGCCUGCUGGCCGGGGCCGCCAUCUCGCUCGUGUUCGGCUUCAUCUUCGGUCUGCUCGUCGGCACGACCGACCACCCCUGGGGCUCGGGCGGCAACUGGCCGACGGACGAGAUGCUGGGGCGCGGCCACUACCGCUCUCUCUGGAUCGGCGUGCUGUGGGCGCUGCCCUCGGGCACGGGUGUGGCGCUGGCGCUGCUGCAGGGCAUGGCGGGCCCACUCAUCGGCGUGGCCAUCUCCGCCUCGCUGCUACCGCCCAUCGUCAACUGCGGACUGCUGUGGGGGCUGACGUGCACCAAGCUCAUCUACGGCGACAAGAUGAAGAUCCCGUACCGGGUCGGCGACGUCAUCAACUCCACCGUCUCUUCGUACGUGCCCGUCUACUCGGACCACCUCCCGAACGAGCUGGUCAUCAACGGCAUCAUCAGCUUCUGCCUGUUCCUCGUCAACGUCUGCUGCAUCUUCAUCACGGCCAUGAUCGUGCUGAAGCUCAAGGAGGUGGCGGCGCCCUACACGUCCGGCCCCGACCUCCGCCGCUUCUGGGAGCACGACAUCCCCCUCGCCAGGGACAACAACCGUAUGUCGGUGCGGCGCAGCAAGGACCAGCGCGCCAUGGCCUCGGGCGGCAGGCGCAUGGAGUACAGCUCGAUCCCUCAGGAGGAGAUGGAGACCCUCGAGGUGGCGAUGCGCGAGGCCAUGAACGACGACGUGUUCCGGAAGGUGAAGCGGUGCAGCUACGCUCACACGGCCUCGGACGAGAUACCCGAUGCAAACUUCAGCGAAAAAAUAGUUCCGUGUCUGUGCCGGAAUGUUGGUGGCAAAACCAGCCUACUCUGCCGGGCAAGAACGCUCGUCUGCUUGUCAGCCAUCUUGCUGCCGUGCCGACCGUCAAGUCUUAGGCCUUGCCUUGUGAGAAGGAAUAUUUUUGAAGAAACGGAUAUUACCUCCUUCAAUUUCUACAUCCUACUUCAUAAAACAGUUGCUGUGAUCCUGGCCAAUCCCUUUGAAGUUUUAUUUCUGAUACGUCACCCAGCAAGCAUAACUGCUAUUAAAAUAUGCAGUACAUGAGCUGGAUUUGAACACAAAGGAACUCCGAACACUUUCCGUUAUGUUUGGAAGUAUGUGAUGGA